UUCAUUAAUUACCUCCAAAGCAACUCAGAUUUUAAUUACUCUUCCAGCAAUAUAUAUCUCCCAACAAAGAAAAAAGCAAAACAAUUUGACACAUGGAUUUUUCUUUUAAGACUUAUAAUCUCUUUUUGCUGGUAGUAUUUUUGUUGGUUUUAGUUGACACGCUAGCACUUGCAAAGCAUGCAGGCAUUAAUAGGCCACUACAAGUUUAAUAUUCAAAUGCAAAAUGUGACAAGAUUAUGUCAAACAAUGAGCAUUGUGACGGUGAAUGGCCUGUUUCCAGAGCCUAGAAUUAUUGCAAGAGAAGGAGAUAGACUUGUUAUUAAGGCAUGGAGUGAGACAACUAAGAAGUGGAUGGGCAGAUGGACCUGCUUAUAUUACACAAUGCCCAAUUCAGACAGGGCAAAGUUAUAUAUACAAGUUUACUAUUAAUGGUCAAAGAGGAACUUUAUUUUGGCAUGCUCACGUUUCAUGGCUAAGAGUAACACUCUAUGGACCUAUUGUUAUUCUUCCAGAGAAAGGUGUUGCUUACCCUUUUCCACAAUCCUUCAAGGAAGUCC